AUGAAUACAAAUUCCAGUGGGUUGAAGCUAAUCGAAGGCUCUCGGUACUACGAUCUAGUAGUCAAUUACAACAUGGAUCAGGUAGGUAAUUACUGAGAUAAUAAGUAACUAGUCCUAGAUACUCUUUACACUGAAUCCCUUUAAGGUCGUCUAGGCAAAGAUGUAAGAGAGAUUAGGAAUCAGUGUACGGAGUUACAGCAAACGAACGAUAAUUUAAAAUUACCACCUAACAACUUUCCCCCGCCAGUUUAAUUUAAAGCUUGCCUUUUACCCGUUUUUUAACGAGAAGAGGGGUUUUUACACUUUCAUAAUAAACUUUUGCAAGGAAUGUCUUUUUUUGUUUUUGUCGAAUACAUUACAAUCGCACAGCCAAAUCGACCUUUUUAUUUCAGUUUAAAGUGAUGUUCUACCUCUCCAUCAAACCCUUGCAUGGGUGGUGCCCAUCGAGAUGGUAGUAAGUAUGACCAAAUGAUGUCAUAAUUAUGUCGAGGGAAUUACGCUGUGACUUCAAAUUGCUGCCAUCUCCAAUCCCUCAGCUUGGACUGUACUUGUUUUACAACAAAAAGCCAAAAGUCAAGAAAAACUAAGAUUAUGGAAAGAUGUUGGCAGAUAUUUCCUUGCAAAGGCAAAAUUUACAUGUAUUGUCAGUAUGCAAUGCAGAUGAACAAAUGUGGCAUUCAUUCUCACUUUUGCUAUUAUUUUGGUUUAUUGUAGGCCAUUGUCCACCCAAAUUAUUGUGCAGACGGAUGUUGUGCAAGCCACAUUUUCCCAUGUCUUAAUGGUGGCACGCGUCGUGAGACAUGUGACGUCACGAGAGAAAGAUUUAACUGCUCCUGUCAUCCGUGUUUUCAAGGAAAAUAUUGUGAAAUCGGUAGGCAUGAUUUGUUUUUCCUAGUCUAGUUCACUGUUUUAAAACAUUCUUUAUCAAAAAGGCGAUAAAGUUAUCGGAAGUGGUAUAGAUAAUCUCAGAUCGCUUCAUAAUAUUUUUCAGCAGAUUUCAGCAAUUACACUGUAAUUUUCAGGGAGUUAUAAUAACUCCUCUAGUGGGGCUAAUUUAACUCCUGACAGUGGAGUUAUUUUAACUCCAAAAAGGAGUUUAAAGAACUCUUUUUCAGGAGUAAAAGUGACCCCAGAUAUUGAGGAGUUAAAAUAACCCCAAAAAAGGAGUUAUCCUGUACCUAAAAUUUUUACUCCACUUUCAGAGUUAAAUUAACUCCAAAAAGAGUAAAAACAACCCAUGUAAGGAGUACAAGUAACCCCAUUUCGGAGUAAUUUUAACUCCAGACUGGGAGUAAAAAGAACUCUUUUUCAGGAGUAAAAAUGACCCCAAAUUCGUAGUUAAAUUAGGAGUUAAAAUAACCCCAAAAAUGGGGUUAUCCUGUACCUAAAAUUUUUACUCCAUUUUUGGAGUGAUAAUAACUCCCUAAAAAUUACGGUGUAUUCUUGAGGGUCGAUCGAUCGCUUCAAUUUCUUUUGUAGUUGAUGCUACAGUAGUGCCAGUCAGUAAUGGUACCUACUAAAACUUGAAACCCCGGGCCAUAAAUUAUGAAUCAGAUUGUUGUCAAUAAGUUAUGUGCUGUUUAAGAAAAGAGCAGAAGUGAACUAGACUAGUAAAAACAAAACUCUAAUUCAUGCCUUUGUUACUGCAAGGAUCGACUUUUGUAACUCAUUGCUCUACGGUCAGCCUAAAUGUAUCUUGAAACGUUUACAGAGGGUCCUAAAUAGUGCUGCUAGGCUUAUUCACCUUACUAGUGAAUAUGAGCAUGUUACGCCGUUGCUUAUUCAACUUCAUUGGCUACCAAUUGAACAAAGGAUAAUUUUCAAAAUCGCAGUAAUUACAUUUAAGGCACUUCAUGGUGCUGCGCCUAGCUAUAUCAUUGAUCUCAUCAAGCCUUAUACACCUGGUAGACUUCUUAGAUCCUAUAAUCAAUUUUUACUUUCUACAUCUAAAUUUAAUCUUAAAACUUAUGGUGGCCGGUCUUUUACUAUUGCUGCACCUUCUGUUUGGAAUGCACUUCCGUUCGAACUUAGAUCUUGUAAUUCCCUUUCUUCUUUUAAAUCUAAGCUCAAGACUUGGCUUUUUAAAAUUGGUUAUGAUGUUGUCGUAUAGAAUGAUGAUGUUUUUAUAGAAUGACAAUGUAGUUUUGUAGUUUUGUAGGUUUAGGAUUUUGUUGUAAUUUUUAUUAUGUAAAAAUAAUAAAAAUCCGCUUUUGGACCACUGGGAAUUAGCGCUCUAUAAAUAUUGUAUAUUAUUAUUAUUCAAGUUAUUGUAUAUUAUUAAGUGUGUUAUCAGUUUUAAAAAAACUUUCGGCUUCGUCUCGAGUUUUUAAACCUGAUAAUAAACGACUGCGAGUUUUUGGAACGGCUUCAUGAUCAAAAUCUCUGAUAUAGAUCAACUCAUUCUUGCACUAAUAUUUAGAUUUGGGGUUUAAAAUUUUGACCUAAAAUAUUGGCAGUAAAGUUUAAUCGUGUCUUUAUCCGGAAAAUUUCAAGGAAUUUUUCAAAGGCAACCCCUAAUUUUAGCUUAAAUGCCAAUAAAUUGAAAACCGAGUUUUUAUUGCCCCAUUUCACAUCACUCAAUUAUAUUCGGUGCGGCACCUUGUUAUUGUUCAGAGGCACGUUAACUAUCAAAAAUUGACCGGGACCCUAUACCAUUUUUAUAUACGCCUCGACACAGCAGAAUGUAGGUCAAUUAUUUUGUCCAUCUAAAGUAGUUUAAUCAGUAAGGGAAAUUUUUAAAGGUACCAUUUAGCUGUGUAAAUAAAUUAUGGUACGCUGCAUGAUCUUCGGUAAUGUUGGUGAAUUUUUUAAAGAUUUUCCGCAAGCAAUUCUUUUCAUUACCUAUCGUUAUUGUUUUUGUAACCACUUGUGUUUUAGCUCUGAGCCCAACAGGAUGGCUGUGCUUCAACAAUUCAUGUUUUAAAGAAUUCAUGACAGCAGUAACUUGGAAUGAUGCACAGCAGGUUUGUGAAAGCUUGAAUAGCAACCUUACGUCAAUACAUAGCGCCGCGGAGAGUGACUUUAUCCUUGGUCAAGUUCGAUCCUCUGAUACCAAUGAAUUUUGGAUUGGCUUCACUGACAGAGCAAACGAAGUAUCUUUCGAGUGGGUGGACGGCUCUGAUGUGACAUAUACAAACUGGAUUGAAGGCCAGCCAGAUGAUUUGCAAUCUAAUCAAGACUGUGGUAUAUUCGUAUUGAACUGGAAUUUCGGCUGGGAUGACGACACGUGUUCCAGUCAUACGAGUCGUUACAUUUGUCGUAAAGACAUAAACUGAUUAACAAAUUCUGCCAGUAGCCUGCACCGUCGACUUUAUCUAACCUCGAAUAGUAACGUUGCAAAGCAGCGCUGAGGCCCUUGUUCUUAACCCCCAACUGACUCAACGAAUUCCCGUAAGUGCUUUUCUAAUUUCCCUCCAACCUGAUUGGCCAAUCGGACAAUGGAUUGUACAACAGGCCAAUCAUGGCGCUUACUCAAAUCCUGCGGUACAGACACAAUUAAAUUUGUUUCCACCUAUCCUAGAAGUGCUCAAUGCAUAAAAUAAGGAAAGGGGAAUGACAAUUUUUCUGUUUUUGCAUUGGUAAUCAUAUAUUGGCAGUGGUACGGUUAAAAAAAUACUUUACAUAUCUUGGCAGUUUUGGAGACGAUUUUUGCACUCAUUCAAAGGCAUUUUAUGGAAUCGGGGAAGAUGGCAAAUACGUCUCAUGUUUUAAGUGGCUUACGUAGGCACAUCUGUCGUGUAUAGUCCCGGGGGGAUACUUUAGGAAUUUCUGGGUGCGGAUGCGCCGCUUGGACCCUGGAACCCUUAACCUAUACCAGAGCUAGCUCGGUGUAUAGUUUGCAUAAUUAAAUGCAAUGGAACUUAACGUAAGCGACGAAACACAUCUUUAUGUAGCGACAACAAAUAUGUCUCCCAUGCAUUACAUCCAGCGUUAGGGACCGGUCAUCAUUUAUCGCCUGGGGUGAGGGGGGGUUGAGGAUUGUGGGGGAGAUCACUUGAUUUUUAGGAGAACAAAAGGGGGGAUCAGUCGUAACUGAGAACCCAAAAGGGAGGAUCACUGAAAAGUUUGGAAGGAUUCAGGGGGGGAACAAUCAAAUUUGCUUGGAACUUGUAAACGAUACUUGGAGGUAAACAACAAAGCUUCUAAUAUAGCUUGUAGAGCAGAGCUUGGUCGUUUUCCUUUAAAUAUCACUAUCAAUCAAAAAAUUCGCUGAAUUUUGUAUAUACAGUCUGGAGAUGAGGAAUCUCUCGUCAAACAAGCUUUUUUAAUAUCAUUCGACUUACACUGUAAUACCAAAAAUAGCUUUCACUUUCAUUUAAUGAAUAUGUCAGAAUACUUUAAACUUCCUGACUUUAAACCUGAUUUAUUAGAUAUAGAUAUGGUAAAAAGCUAUGUAAGUUCAAUGAAACAGGAAUAUGUCUUAUAUUGCCAAAACACCCUUCAACAUUCUAAAAAACUUGAAUUUUAUAGAUCUUUUAAAACCGAUCAUACCUCCUCUAGUUACUUAGACGUAACAAGACGAAAAGCUGGGAGAAGGGCUCUAGUAAAAUUACGAAUAAGCAAUCACAAACUAAUGAUAGAAAUAGGCAGAUACAAUCAAACUACAAAGGAUAAUAGGCAUUGCCCUUUUUGUGGAUGUAAUAUAAUAGAAAACGAAGUUCACUUUCUUUUUCAAUGUCCUACAUACUCUAUGAUUAGCAACAAAUUUUACUAUAAAGUCAAGACUCUGAUUCCAAAUAUUACCCAGUUACCUAUAAACGUUUUGAUCAAUGAACUGAUGAACUCUUCUAACUACUUUAUAAAUAUACAAUUCAUGAAAUAUAUUUCAGCUUGUUUUGAUGCCUGUGACAAAUUAUUAUCAAAGUAACGUAAUUGCCCCGUGUUGUUUUGAUUCCUAAACAUAGCUUUUGCAUUACUGUAUGUGCUUGUAUGGUCAUGCAAAUAAAGCUCGUUAUUGUUGUUGUUGUUGUUAUUAAGGGGAAUCACUUCAGUGAAGUAACAUUCAUUUACAUAUGGGUAGAUCAUCGUCACGUAUAACAGUUGAAGCGUUAAUUUGAGAGGUAAAUAAGGUCUAGUCUUGGCCAAUAUGCCUGUCAUUUUUGACAUUUUCAUUGUGACAUGGCUAAUAUGAUAUUUCCAAGAGAGGUUUUCGUCAAAGUAUAACCCUAAAAAUUUUGUGUAGUUCACUUCUUGACUGGAUGAUCAUUUAGAAUCACUUUUUCACCAAGAGACAAUUUCCUUUUUUUUAGAUUUAAAGAUCAUGAAUUGUGUCAUAUUAGCGUUAAGGAUAACGUAUUUGUAGUUAACCAUAAAUUGACUUGUUUAAGUUCUUGGUUCAUAGUUUUAUAAAGAUUACCUAUGUCUUAAUCACUCAAAAAUAGAUUAGUAUCAUCUGCAGAUAAUAUAAGGACAGUAUCUGAGAGGAACUUGUGAUAUCAUUUACAUGGAUUAAAAAUAAAAGAGGUCCUAAGACAGAGCCUUGUGGUACUCCACAUUUUACAGUCAUUUUGUUUGAAAUGGACGUCUUAUAUUUUACUAAUAACUAUUUUUGAUAAAUAGUUAUUAAACCAUUCUAGUACAACUCCUCUUAAACCAGUGUGUUCAAGUUUGUGUAAGAGGAUACUAUGAUUCACUGUGUCAAAUGCUUUUGAGAGAUUUUAUUAUUUUUUAUGUUUUUUCUCUGUUGCCACAAAACACAGUGACUUUUACAAUUUCCACAUAAAUUUUUGUUUUAAUCUAAUUAUUUUUUUCUUUGGAGUUACCUCCUUCUUAGAAAUCUUAUUUGAUGCAAGGUCGUUAAACGUUGCCUUUUCAGGUAAGUAGCUUGCUUUUGUAAGAUUUUGUUCAACGUAGUCAUUCUUUUUUUUUCUAAUAUCUGGUACAUUUGCGUUUCUGUCUGGGGACCCCUCCAAUUAUUUUUUUAUGCUGGUUUUAUUAGUACAAUUAUUUUUGAAAAGGUAAAUAAACAUGCAGCCACAAUUUCGAGACAUUGAAUUUUGGAAAAAGAACCAAUGAAUUAUUAACAUGCUUUGACGUUAACCAUCCCUUACAGCCCGUGUUUAAGUAAAUUAAUCAUCUCAAGAAGCAGUGUAUACACUGGUCCACUGCGAACAAGCAGAAACAUGAAAUUUGUUCACUUGAUUACAUCUUUCUAUUUGUUUAUGAGCGUUCUACUCUUGCCGAUGGCUUAUAACUAUAGCAAAAAUUUGCAGAGAAACGUUUGGGUAAGCUAUGCUAUGUUUGUAAAUAAUCCGCAAAAAAAACUGGUCGUUUCUUCCAUAACAACGUCGCAGGUUUCAACCAUCAGCGAGUGCUCUCUGGAAUGUCUAAACCAUCAAGAAUGUGUAUCGGUCAAUUUCGGUAAGAAAGACGGAACGAAGUAUGCGUGUGAGUUAAUAAACACGGAUAUGUUUCAGCAACCAGACAAGCUUUCAGUCAGUGAGGAUUUUGACCAUUAUAAUAUUAAGGUAAGUCACUUAGCUUUGCAUCUGCUCAUUAUUAACUGAUGUCAAGGCUUAAGCAGUAAAACCAUCACGCCAAAAAUUGAAACGAAUCUUGGCUUCAAACGGUCCGGUUUGUAUAGCCAGGUAACUGUAACAGUUUGCGUUUUAUGGCUCAAAGGAAUCGAAUAAGGUAAAGAUAAUUAAUAACGUUUCGACGACAACAUAACAUCGUCAAUACCCCACAGCAAGUUUCCCUUGCUGAAAAACUCUACAAAAAUAGCUUUAACGUUUAAUUUUUGCUAUUACACAACAAAAUAAUGUUAUACUGGAAUAAAGUACAUAUUGGCUCCAAGAGAUGAAGCCUGUUCUGAUCAAACGUUCCUUUUUUCGAUACCAUAAAAAGAAUAAAUCACCAUUUAAACUUGAGUGGCUGUUAUUUAAGAUUCUAUUCUGUAAUAUUAGUCAUAAGGACAUUGUUAUUAAAAUUUUUAGUUAGAGGCAUUAUUUAUUAACUGAGUGAAAAUAAGAGAAUCAAAAGGUGAUCACGCUGACUGUUUUAGCUGUUGAUGUUGUUGUUAAUUGUUGUUUAUUUUUCUGAAAACGUAAAAUCAUUUAACGUAAAUCAAGUUUUUUUUUGCAAAUACUGCUUUCAAGGUCCUACCAAACAUUCAGUACUAUGUGCUUAUUCAAGUGCAUCACACCAUCAAGAAAACAUUCCUGUACGACAUUAGCAUAGCACCCUUUAAGGACCACUUCGUAGCAAAAACAGAACAAAAACGUUGCUUCGCAGACUUCAUGUAAGCGACUUGUUAAUUACAAAAAUCUAACGUAAUUUAGGUUAGACAGCCUGACGGUAACCCAGCAUUUGCCAAUGUUUUGGGAAGCGAGGAGAGAAAUGGGGUCUUAAGCUACAAUUUGCGAUGAACCAUAUGUAGCUCAACCCGUGCAAUAAUUGCGCAAUAUUCAAUAUCAUGAUUAAUUUUGAUUGCAGUAAUAAUAAUAUUAUAUGUUGAAAGGACCCCUUCUUAUAAACUCUAUAGAUUUUACUCUAGUCAUGGCACUUGUGACCACAAGUUUUAGGCAUUACAUAUAUACAUACAUUUAUUUCACUUCCCCACAGGGCUUUUCAGUGAAAUAUUUAACCAAAUAGAAUGACAUGAAAUAAAAAUUAAAAAAAACAAAAAAAGGGUUCUACGUGUCUAAAAAUUAAAAUACAGGAAGUUAGAUUAAAUAAAUACCUAAUGCUUAAACUAUUUAUUACUGGAUUCUUAUACUAGCUGUGUUUUGUGAUCUUAUAAAUUCAGUUAGAGUCCAUUAGAAGUCUAUUUCUCAACGUAACUGUUAUUUCUGUCUCCAGACACCGUGCAUGUCCAACCCCUGCAGGAACGGUGGUACGUGUCAUCCAAUCUACGAAACGGAGGACUAUAACUGCGUUUGCCCACUCAGCAACCUAAGUGGAAAAAACUGCCAAAACUGUACGUAAAGUAAUAAAAACUGGUUAGAAAAAAUACAACAAAGUUGCUCCGAGAGGACGGAAGAGCUUUAAGCUUACCGAGACAGCGAGAUGGAAAUUAAAACUUAAAAUCGCUUAACAUCGUUCGAUUCAAUUUUGAUUUAAAUGACUCAUUUUCGCAGAUGAAAAUCCAAAAUGGCGAAUCAUCUAAGAUGGCCGCCAUUUGAAGCCGUGACGUAAUUUCUGAGUCAUAUAAGGUCAUAUUACGUCAUGACGUCACUUAAAAAGCCUCAACGUAUUGAUAGGGUAUUUGUCCUCCAAGUCCCAUUGUUAAAACUUUUAUCAUUCUCCAACAUACUGUCCCUGGUACUGUAAGGGCGGGUGUGUGCCUUAAAUAUUACUUAAUGCAUCAUUAUUAAAUCCUUGAAUGCAGACAAUUAGGUUGUUUAUGAACAAAAUCAACAUAUCCAUGCAUAUCAGCAACGUAAGCUUUGAAUAGAGUGAUUAACAUGCAUUGACAUGCAAUGAAAUUAUUUUCAAUUUACAAGUGAUAUGCAACGCUGAAUCCCUGGACAUUUGCCAAAAAGCGAUGUCUUCGUGGACGGUGACAUCUGCAGGAAUACAAAAUGCAGUGCUGUCAAACUGCGAUGCAAGCAAGAUUUUACCAGGGUAUGAGCUGCUGUUCAUUGUGACCAGAGGGAUUCUAGACCACUAUGGCAAAUACGAGAUAAUGAGGAUCGCAGACGUUGAUGGGUAGGUAAUUAUAAUUGCUCGCCUUGUACAUGUGUUUAAAAAAAUGUGCAGUGGUAUCGAUAGAUAGAUAGAUAGAUAGAUAGAUAGAUAGAUAGAUAGAUAGAUAGAUAGUUUAUUAAUUACCGAUUUGCAACUAAAAGUUGAAUUAUACGAUUAUUUACAAAAAAUUGAAUAGUGAUAAUUACAUUAAAAAGACUACAAGUGAUUUAUAACAGCAAAUAAGGACACUAUAUAUAUGUUCUAAAAAAAUAUAUAGAAGAGGUUUAAAAAUCUACUACAACCGUUCAAGCCUUAAGGGCGUUAAAGGUAAUAAAACUACUACGAAACCUGUUCGUCUUAAAAGCUGGCUUAAACUUCCGCAUAUUUCUUAGGUUAAAGGUACAUGUGUUGCGAGCAGGAAGAAGUUCGUGGAGCUUGCUCUGUUCGUUCUGUAAAACAUUCUUAAAUAGUUUAUCAACUAGUUCCUGGCGGCGGUCUCAAAGUUUAGUUAGGCCUGAUUCAACCAAGGCCUCAUUGAACGAGCAAAGAGGAAAAAUGAUGCGCAUAGCCCGCUUUUGUACUCCUUCAAGUUCGUUGGAGAGGUACACGCGGAGGCCGUCAUGAAAGACAGGACACGCGUUCUCUAUGAUCGGACGAAUACAAGUGCAGAAAAACUGGACUAACUCACGGGUACCAAGACCAGAGCGUUUAAGUUGAGAUAAGCUAUACAAGCGCUUUUUAGCUUUCUUAAUAAUGGAGUCAAUUAUCACGAAACAGACUCCUCAAUAUCUUUUGUUUAGGCUGGAUACAGAGCCAGAGCGCAUGCGCAUGCAGUUAGCAAUUGUUGGAAAACGGUUGAGACACUCCAGCUAACAAAUCGCUUUUGUUGCUCUGUCGCAACAACAAGAACUUCUCCCCCUAGAUCUCCCUCAAUUCAAAGUUGUCAGGAGGUGCAAGUUUUACAUCAGUACCAGCAAAUUGAGUAACAGUGCAGAGGGGAAUAAAAUGUCUUUGAGCGUCUAUAAGCACUGUUUUUGGUCAUUCUUUGCUCUUAGUAACGAAAUUUGGCCACACAGAUUUGUUACAACUAGUUCUACCAAAGCAAAAAACACACGUUAUUUAGCAUGAAAUAUUUAAGCUACGUCUAAUGUCACAUACUAAGCUUUAUGUAUUAAACUAUAACGGCGCCAAUUGUAUUACUCCACUGGACUCGUAUGCAAACUCCUUAGGACUCCUUUACUCAAGGCAAACCUUUGAUACUUGCGACUAACAUUUUCUAUUUCAGUUGUAACGUCGUUUUGGAAGUGCCCUUCACACAACAAAUGGGCGAAAACGUACAUCUUAUUGCUCAAGUAUUACCAAAUUACGACACGGUUACUCUAACCAACAACUGCAUUAUUAAGUGUCGAGAACAAGCUGACGGACAUGGAGGCAUCUUAGCACUAAGAGCAAACACAAUGACUAUUGAUAGCAGUUCUAAGAUAUGGACAACUGGGCAAGGUAUUUUUGCAGUUUUUUUUGUUGAAAAGUUUGCUUUAUCGCAUGUUAGUUAGCUUUAAGGGUCUGUUAUAGUUAAACGAAAACUAAUUUUCUCGCCGCGUUUAAGAAAUUGGACUUCCACUUAUUUUCCCUGGUAACUGUUUACGAUAAACGAUGUGUAGUCUUCAUGGCCAAUAACAUCCGCACGGCUUAACUGACAGAUGACCAAUAGCCUCGCGACUUAAUUGACCAAUCAGGUCAUGAACCAGAGUUUAAUACCAUCAACUGGCGUGAUACAAGUCACUUUGACUCUAAAGAUGACUAUUGCACAGCUGGUUAUCGAAACGUUAGUCACUGUCAACAACAAUUCUAUUCAGGACUACGUUCACACGGUCGAUCAUACUCAACCUACUUGUUUUAAUAAGAUUUAUAUAAAAGCGUCAGUGGGUAAGCUAAAAAUGGCUUAGGACGCGACCGUUUAGUUCAACACUUGAUAAACUUCGUCGAAACAACUGACCAUAAGUUCUCUGCACAUGCCGUCAUUGUUAGGUCUCCGUGGUGGGCAAGGUGGCGAUUAUCGUGGUGGAGGUGGAUAUGGAGGCGAAUCAUUCUUAUAUCUUGACACCGGAAUCAAUGGAAAAGGAGGAGAUAUACCCGGGCAGGCCUGGACACUGAACACAAAUGGAAAUGGAGGGGGUGGGGCUGUUGGGGGAAGUCAUGGUAAGUAAUGCAAUAAAAGUUAGAUUUCCAUAGAAUAAUGUUAUGAUUAGACAGUAAGGUUAUUGUUGUCUAAAGAGAAAAUUGGAACAGCAGUUUUUCGGAAGAUAUUAGUUCAUUAAUGUGGAUUACUUUCUUGAGCUUUUUGCUUAAUAAUCUCUGCCUCAAAAUUCAGAUUCUUACUUGUUGUCCCUGUACGUUUUAUUAUAUAGGAUUUUCAUAUGACGUCAGGUCCGCGCCAUAUUGGUUUCCCUAAAUUAUGACAAGGAGGCCAUGUUAGGGGCUGUUUAUAUGGCGAUGGGGAACCCCAGUUAGGUGAGGUAACACCCACCUAUCAUGUAAACGUGAUCAAAUUAAAAUGAGAGAUUAUAUGGACAGGCGGGUUACCUCACCUACCUGUGGUCUCCAACCUCCACGUAAACAGGCCCUUAAAUUCCCAAAGCAAUCCUGUGGGAGCUGAACCUUGUUCUUAACUCUUUCGUUUGUUCUAAUACAUUUGUAUAGCUAUAGAAGUAGUGGGGAGACUUUGCAGCAGUUAGAUUCAACUUGUGUCAUCAUGUCCUUAGUUACCGUCUCCAUGCAUAGUGUUUUAUAAAGCAUUGCUAUACUUAAUAGUCUAUAAAAGUGUAUAAAAGUCUUAAAAACUGCCUCGUUUAACCUAUAAUUCUUUAAAUCUGUUUAAAAAGAAAACAUCGCACCGUCCAUACAUACAUACGUACUUUAUUGUUACCUCCCCAAAGGGGCUUUUCAGGAACAAUGAUCAUAAUCCAUAAUCAGUAAUUAACGGUAUUGGGACGAUAUCAUGUUUGUUAAAAUCUGACAUUUGUUUUGCAAACUUAUUGUAGCUUAUGGAGGUCCUGGAGGAUAUAACGCCGGAGGGGGUGGGGCAGACAACACUGACAAUGGUGACGACGGAUCCGGGGGAGGAGGUGGUGGGGGGCAUUUUUCUGGCGGUGGUGGUGGAGGUGGUGCCAAUAGCUGUGGUAAUGACGGAGGUGUUGGGGGAACUGCAUCGACCACUGUAAGUUAUGAAUCUAAAAAAUGCUUAACGUUUUAACCAAAAGUAUCAGAAAAGAAUUGAACAUACAACCCUCACAUUCACAUUUCGAUAAGUUCGAUACUGAAUCUUCCUUAUUGGCCAUUUGCACAUCGCCCAUAAUACACCUUAUCCCCCCCCUCCCCCACACCCACCCAAAAAAUAAAUAAUUAAUCAAAAAUAAGUGCACAAGUACUGUCUUUCCUUUCUCUUGGGACAACUGUAAUACCCAGGAGAAAUAAAAAAAAACAAGUAUUGAGGGACAAACACGGUGUCUUAUGGGAGAUGCGCAAAUGGCGAAUCUCAAAUCCUUAUUCUCUUUUUCUGGUUUGUGGUAUAUUUGAAUCAAACAAUUUGGCUCAAACCCGUUGGGCACACUUCACCCUCGCCCUCGGCUCCACUGACUCUAGAAAUUACUAUUUCUUGGAAUUUCUUAAGAGUUCUUCUGCUUGUAAAAAAAAUGUCAUAUUUGCUGGUUAGAAUGCAAAGUUACAUAACAUUUUCCUUGGUAUUUGCAGAUUGGUGUGUACGCUGGGGGUGGGGGAGUGUCAGACUGUACCGGGGCAAGAGGGGGCCACGGAGGACAACAGGGGUAUCCAGCAAACGGUCCCUGCGGUGGAUCUAUAAGCGGAAGAGCUGGCACACAGUCACGAGGAGGAGAAGGAGGUUGUUGUCUGUUAUGUUAUCGUUAGGCUUUAUCUUGUCGUCAUCAUCUUUAUCAUUACCGGAUUAGCAUUUAUCAUAUGUGCGCCUCGCAAAGAAAUAUUCAUGAGGCCAAACGUUGCUUGUGCUGCAUUCCCUAAAAAUGCUUUUAUACGUACCCUGUUUUGGAGGUAGAUGAGCUUCACCAGCCAACUUUUCGAGUAGCCGCAAGCCUCUGUUUUAAAGCGAGCUAAGUGCAAAACCCUAUUCUCUUGCAAAUAGAUCUCAUUUUCAAAGGAAAGGCUUUGCACUCGGCCUCGUUUUAAUAGUGACACUUUUUGGGCUGCAGGUACAUGAAGUGUAACAAAUCCCACGCUUUGAAUUACCUAAUGUAAUUCCCUUAUCUUGAAUUUCGUUCUUUUUUCAGGUGACUCGUCGUGUGGUAGCGGAUGGGGUGGAGCGGGAGGAGGAGGUAAACGAAAUUGGGUGUUACCAUCUUGGUUUGAAAAAUACGUAAAAACCUUAUAACUUAAAAAAUAAUCAAAAGAAGGAAAAAUAAGCUUUGAAACGACAUCAAUUAUUUUAAAAUCCACAUUCACAUCCACUACACUACUGAGUCCUUAAGUGCUAACCCUUCUUAAAAGUUGGUUAGAAGACGGUAAUCACUAUACAGGUCGAUGAAAAAUCUUAUCCUCAACAAUUUUUUUCUCCAGGAGCCGAGCUCUGUCAAUAAUUUUUCCAAUAGAUGGUUCCUACCAGGAGUAUUAUCCUCUAUUAUAAUCAUGAGGUGUCCGGGAUAUUCUUUCAAAAUAUAAUCACAACCUAAUCAAAAUUGACCAAUUUCAAUUUGUUAAUUAAAAGGUUAUACUUUUUUGCUUUUUUUUAAUUUAGGUGGAAUGCAAUUUGGUAACCCAGAUUUUACCAAGCGACUCAGCUACGGUGGUGGGGGAGGGGGUGGGGGUGGCAAUGCCUUGUCAGAUGAUCCUUAUCGAGGGGGGGACGGUGGAGACGGAGGGGGUUUAGUAUAUCUUCUUCUUGACGCUUUGACACUAGAUGGCAGAAUUGAAUCUGAAGGUAUAUUAGAUGAAAUAUAC